CUUCCGGUGUUAUUAUUGCGGCAUACUAAUACAAGUAAUACAGCCAGCUAGGAAACUUUAGCUUAAAUGUUUAAAAGCAGAUUUGACUGAAUCACAUAAAUUACAAAGCACACGACAGAGAUGAAAUCCUAAUGCUGACAACAUAAAGAUGAAAUCUGCCAAGAGGAAGUCCUUACGAAACAAAGCAAAGAGAGGAGAGAAACAACUAAAUGUGGUCACAGUUAAAACUGAAUCUGAGUUAGAGGAAGGCUCUCAUGAAGUUUACAUUAAUGGAGAUGGUCUUAACAUCGAAAUCAAGGAGGAACCGCAUUCACCGGAGAUCAGUGAGGAGCACAAUGGAGACCUGUCGAGCUGCUCAGACACUAAGCCUGACACUGUGACAUAUAGGUCAGAUGUUCCCCAUCAGCAGGCACAUAUAAAGGAGGAGUGUGACUCUGACAAUCAGCCAGAAUAUGAAUUCACUGAAGCUGCUGUCAAGGAAGAGUCGGAGUCAUGGAUUAAAGAGGAGAGAGACAGUGAAGGGGCGGCAGAGGAGAGGGAGGAGGUCUGCACAGAGUCAUCGUCUGAGUUCUUUCCCUGUCCUCACUGCACGGUCUCCUUUACUGACUUGGACUUCUUGGAGAAGCAUGUCAAGUGGGUCCAUCAGAAACAGUAUCUCGCCAAGCUGAAAAAAUGCCUCUCAAGCCGCACACUAAACCUCAUCCCUAAACACACCUGCACUGUCUGCAGCAGCACCUUUAACUCCAAAGUUCACCUUAGGGUCCAUGUACGUGAAGCCCACCCUUCUGCCCCUCCUCGCAGGCUCCACCCCUGUCCAACCUGUGCACGCAGCUUCCAGUACCUAAAAAAUCUGAAGAAUCACUGUCAGCGAUGGCACAAAAUGUCUGUGGUAACCAGAGGGGGGCAUCUCAGCUGUGCAGAAUGUGGGAAGAGUUUCAAAGCUACCUGGGGUCAAGGACCUCAUUUGUGUCAUGAACCGGAUAACACAGAAUCUGAGGAUAAGCCAGUCUGUCUGGACACUGGUGUGCAGUGUCCUGAAUGUGGCAAGAAGCUUUGCACACCUCAAAGCCUGGGGGAUCACAUGCGCACCCACACAGGUGACCGUCCAUUUGUCUGCAAGGAUUGUGGCAGGAGGUUUGUGGAGCGCAGUGGUUGGAGGCAACACAUGAAAAUACACACAGGGGAGAAGCCGCACAAAUGCCAGGUGUGUGGGAAGGCGUUUUUAAGAGCACACCACCUCAAGAGCCACUUAACCACACACUCUGGAAAGAAGGAAUAUUCUUGCUCUGAAUGUGGAAAGGAGUUUGGAUUCAAGUCAAGUCUAGAUCACCACGUGAGGACGCAUUCCAGUGAGAAACCCUUCCACUGCAAUGUGUGCGGGAAGAGCUUUAACACCCGGAGAAACCUAAGGGUUCAUUCCAAAGUCCACGCCAGUGAGAAAGCCCACCAGUGCGGGGACUGUGGGCUAAAGAUCGGAGAUCUUGGGGCUUUGAAAAUACACCUGCGGACACACACUGGAGAAAGACCUUACCACUGCACAGUCUGCGGCAAAAGGUUCAUUCGCCUUUCACAUCUGCGAAACCACCAACGCACCCACACUGGUGAGAGGCCCUACAAAUGCACUGAGUGCGACAAGAGUUUCACACAGUCUGGCGACCUGGUGAAGCAUAAGAGGAUACACUCUGGGGAAAAGCCCUUUGAAUGUCCAGACUGCCACCGCCGUUACACCUCCUCAGGUGAUCUAGGGAAGCACAGGAGGAGUCACACUAACCUGCGUCCCUACACAUGUCAACAAUGUGGAAAAAGCUUUCGCUUGUCAGGCCAUUUGAAAACACAUAUGUUAACUCACACAGGGGAGAAGCCAUAUUCCUGCCCCAACUGCCUCCGCAGGUUCGCUCGCUCUCACCAUCUUUCUGGCCAUGUGGCUAAAUGUCGCUGAGCUUUCUGGAGAGGACUGUAAAUAGGCUGGCUGCUAGGCUGAUUUAAAGUGGUAAUUAUCGGAGCUGUAUACAGUCUAGUACUAGAUUUUUUUUUUUUUUAAUGAAUGUGUUUUACAACUCAUCUGUAUAUAACUAUUUAUAUAAAAUUUAUGUAACCCUCUUGACUCAGAUGACUGUUUUAACUUAUUAGGAAAAGUGAUUUGAACACAUGACUGACACUGCAUGGAACUUUUUUACAGCACUAUCCAGGCCUUGUUUGUUUGUUUUGUUGUUUUCCUCCAGGGAAGGCCUAACUGGUUUUUCAAGACACUAUUAUAAUAGAGGCUUAAGGACUAUGAGGCAGAAUUCAGUGGGACAUUAGGAUAAUGGAUUGACCCCACCCACAGAUUAAUGCUGUAUUAUUUGUAAAAAUGUAAUAAAUUAUUUGAUGAAUGCAUGAA